UGUUCUUUUCUAGCUUCCACGAGGGCUCUGAAGGCAGCAGCUCUAGCUCGAGAAUCAGGAGACUCUCAGGCUGGGCCACAGCUCGGGUUGGGGACAGUGAGGCCGGAAGCCACACCGCGGGGACGGGGUCUGCCUCCAUCUGCCGCGUGGGGACAGCUGCUCCCUCCCUCUCCCUCGCAGGCCCCUCUGGCGCAGCCGGAGUCCCCGACGGCCUCGGCGGGGGAGGACGUGCAGUCCCUGCCCGACUCGCUGGACUCGGACCGCGACUCGUUGUGCAGCAACUCCAACAGCAAGAACGGCAAGGACGGCAAGGACAAGGAGAAGGAGAAGCAGCGCAAGGACAAGGACAAGACCCGCGCGGACUCCGUGGGCAUACAGCUGAAGAAGAACAUGGGCGGCCUGGUGCACGACCCGAUGAGCCGCUCCUAGUCAGACAACGGCAAGCACGGCGACGCGCCCGAGCGCGGCAAGGAGAAGGCCAGCGCGCGCAAGGGCAGCAAGGAGGAGUUGGGCGCCUCGGCCAGCACUUCGCCUUCGGAGAAGACCACGCCGUCGCCCACGGGCAAGGCAGCAGGUGUGUCGCCAGUCGACAAGGGCGGCGGGCCCCGCGGCGACGCCUGGAAGUACAGGACUGACGUGAAGCUGAACCUCCACAUCCUGCGCGCCGCCAUGCAGGGCGAGCGCAAGCUCAUCUUCGCCGGCCUGCUGCUCACCAGCCACCGGCACUAGUUCCACGAGAUGAAUGGCUACUACCUGACCAGCGCGCAGGAGCGCUUCAGCGCCGAGAAGGAGCAGCGGCGCCGCGACACCUCCGCCGCCUCCACGGCCAAGGGGCCGCCGCGCAGGCCUGAGGCCGAGGGCGGGCGGAGCCCCGAGCGCGCCUUCGGGCCCCCGACGCAGCUGGUGCUCAAGCUCAAGGAGCGCCCGAACCCCCGGUCGGCGGAGGGGGCACGGGCGGUGACGCGCGGCGCGGCCUCCUUGGGCCCCGGCGGCGGCGGUCGGCGCGUGGGCGCCAACGGACCGGUCCCCGGGGGCAGUCCCCCGGCGCCGGGGCGCCAGAGUGUUAUCCACGUGGAGGCGGUGGGCGCGCGGGACAAGGCGUGCGCCCCGGCCGUGGGCGUGCUGCGGCGGUGCGCCUCGUACCCGCGGCAGAGCCGCGAGCUGUCGUCACUGAGCUACCGCCUGGCGCGCGCCGCCGCCCUGCUCACGGUUAAUACGGUGGAGUUGAUGGCGCCCGUCCCAGGGGCCUUGCCUGGCGCGGCGGGGGCGGCGGGCGCGGCCGAGCGCAAAUCGCAGACCUACGCCAACGGCUUCGGCUCGGCGCGCGACGGCCUGGAGUUCGCCGACGCGCCGGCCGCGCGCUCGAACGGUGAGGGCGACCCGGGCGGCCGCCAGCGAGAGAAGUGCGCGUUCUACGGGCGCACCGAGACCGAGCACUACUGCUCGUACUGCUGCCGCGAGGAGCGGCGGCGGCGCGAGGCCCCCGCGGCCCGGCCCUGAGCGCGCGCCGCUGCCCCGCCGGCCGGGCUGUCCUCUCCGUGCUGUAGGUGUCUCCUCCGCGCCCUGGUCCACCGGGAGGCCGGCGAUCCUCUGUACGUGCUGUGUACGUGUUUGGUCAAACGUUCCUAAUGGUGCCUGAACCUACACUGACGCCACUCAGGUAGUAGACGGAUAGCAAACAGCCAUACUGUUGGAAGUGGGUGUGCUAGCUAGCACCUGCCUCGUACCUGUGGAAACUGAAUAGCCAUUGCAAGAGUAUUUUUGUUCCUCGAUAAGAGAAAUAAAGAAAUUUGCACCCCUUUGUUUUUAGAAGGGAGCGUUUUACAUGCCUCUUUUCGGGGGGGGGCUUUUUUCUCUAACCCGGCGACUGACCUCUUACAUGUAGCGGUCACCUGCGUGCGAGCGGUGCCACCCAGGGUUUCAAAGCGAACGCGCGGCCCCGGGACCGCGGUGGCGGCUCUGCCUCGGGCUCCCUCCCACCUGUGCCCUUCCCGGGCCCCUGGAGGACAGGACGCUUGGCCGCCCGCUGGCGCCCUGGUGGUCUCUGUGGCCCUUUAGGAAUACGCGGCUCCAUCUCAUAAGCAGAGCCUCCUCCCACAGCCCCCGGCUCGAGCGACAUUCACACUGCCCUCAAAGCCGCGGGUGUCUGUAGGAUGGACACCGGACAACCUACCUCGCAGGGCGCGGUUAGAUGUAGCGAUCGCUCCCGGUGCCAGGCAGCUCAGGUGACAGGAGCUUUCCAAAGACACCUUGGGUCCCAAAGGCAAGGUUCCCAACUCACUAUUUGGAGUUGCCCAUAUAUGAGCAAAGAUGACACCCUGCCUACAUUUCCCCUUCAAAGACACUUCCGCAGUGAACCGUGGCCGGAGGGCACCGUAGGAGGCGACCAUCGAAGCCCCAGGAGAGAGGCGAGAACUUGACCCUGCAGUCACUGUGUAAGCUCCCACUAGGCCGCCCUGAAACCCGGCCUGCGCCUCUUUCCAGAGGGAAGGGGCUGAGGGCCGCCGGGAAGGAAGCCCACCCCUACCCCGCCCCCCACCCGCAUCUGUCUGGGAUCAGCCAGGUGGACGGGCGCCGCUCCCAUCGGGGUCCCCUCCGCAGGGUGCGGGUAACCCUGACCGUGGCUGCAGAACACAUUAGGAGCAGCCCCAUCACGUCCCUAUUUUGGUGCCUCCUUACAUUUCUUAAGAAAAAAAAUAGUGUCCUUAGUUACUCUGUUCUGAGCAGCAGUAUGCAGCGUCUUCCUUCCAAGAUUACCUCUGGAGAACACCGUUCUUGGCCAAGGGCACUGAGGCGCUAAACCUGCCUCACUAAGGGAAGAUCUUGUUUCCAAGAAAUACAGAUACGAUGGGUAAAAUCCUCACUAGCAAAAUAAUCCUUUAAAACCUGUGAGAGCCUUAGAAUUGCCUCUAAUAAUCCCAAGAAAGAGAGGAGAAGGCGCCCAGCUUCGCUGUGGCUGUAUCUUCAGAAAACACAGGAGGUAGACCAUCUCUUCAUUGGAGCCAGCUUCUUCUCCAGAAAGAAUGCUUUCCCCCCGGACAUAAAGAGCAGCAAAAACGGAAAACACACACACACACACACACACACACACACACA